AGACGGUUCAUUAAAUUGACAAGUAUAAGUUGGAAAAGUAUUAUUUAGUUAAUGAAAAUGCCUACAAUUUUGACAAAAAAGGAAGAGCAUGAAAAAUUUAUAUCAAAUUUGACAGGCACAUCAAUCACAGAGAUAGCUUUCGUCCAAUUUUAUCCGAUAUUACUCUUUCUUUUAAAAGAACUUAUUGUUGCUUUUCUUUUGAAAGACGCUUUUAUAAAUACAGGAUUAAAAUUUAUUCUGGACUUUUUCGUUUUAAUCAUUCCGAUGCUAGUAGCGUCAACAAUUGGAUCAAACUUUUUAUACGAAUUAUACAUUAUAACAACAUUAAUAAUAGUAGGAUUUUUAUUGGUAAUACCCCAGCUAGAAAAAGCUGGUAGAAAGAAAAUCUCUAUUAAGGAAGAAAUUAAUAAAUUUUUUCAAGAUACCUUUGCAAAUGAAAUUCCAGGAAUAACUCAUUUUCGAUCAUAUGCUAAUAUUGGAACUGCUAUUCUUAUAUUGGCAAUAGAUUUUUCAGUAUGCCCUAGAAGAUUUGCUAAAACAGAAAAUUUUGGAACAGGCCUUAUGGACAUUGGAGUAGGGUCGUUUGUCUUUGCAAACGGUAUAGUUUCACCUCAGGCAACUGGUAAAUCAGGGGUUGAUAAUUCCUUUUGGAGAAAUAUCAAAAAAAACCUUAUUUCAAGUUUACCAUUGAUUGGCUUAGGCUUUGGGAGAUUGUAUUCAUUAAAGGCGACAGAUUACCAUGAACACGUGACAGAAUAUGGAAUUCAUUGGAAUUUUUUUUUUACUUUGGCAAUUGUUAAGGUAGAUUUAUUGUAG